UUCAGGAUAGUCAAUAAAUAAGACAAGUUUACUUGAAAGAUAAAUUAGAACUGUAUUUGGGGAAACCUGUAAUACAAAAUAUCCUGAAAUACUUUGCCAUCCUAAUUCAGCUUCAAGGGACAUCGAGAACAUGUGGGUCUGCCUGCUUUUGUGGGUCUCAGGAGUUUUGGGCCAGAAAGAUAUGAAAGAGAAAUUGUUUGCUUUCCCAAAGGAAUCGGUCAACUCACAUGUCAAGUUAUUGCCAGAACAUUCUGGUCCAUUUAUUGAGGCCACUGUCUGCAUGAGAUUCCACUCAAAUCUGACCCGGGAAUAUUCCUUAUUUUCAUUGGCUACUGAAACUAAACACAACGCCUUUCUCCUUUUUUAUCACCCAGCACCGAGAAAUCAGCUUCUCCUAUCGAUCGAUAACAAAGACCAGUAUUAUGAUUUGCAGGGCAACAAUUUUACCGAAUGGACAAGUCUUUGUGCGACGUGGAACUCUUCAGUCCAGGCAGUGUGGAUUGAUGGAAAGAAUUACAACAAAAACAGGAUAUCAGAUGGGAAUAUCAAAGCUAAUCCCAUCAUUAUUAUUGGUCAGGAGCAAGAUUUAUAUGGUGGAAAAUUCAAUAUUUCUGAGUCCUUUGUGGGAGAAAUAACAGAUAUCAAUAUGUGGGAUAAAGCUUUGACUGAUGACAAUAUUAUAGAUUAUUUUGCUGCAAAUGCAAUAAAUGGUAACAUCCUUAACUGGAAUAAUUUAAGUUAUAAUCUUACUGGAGGUGUCAACAAACAUCCUUAUGCAGAUCCCUAUCCUUGUAUACCUGUAUAAUAUGAAUAGAGUGUUCCCACAGUAAUAUAUUCAUUAUGGCAUUGUGUAUUAAAGAUGCUGUAAGUAGCCACCCACCUCUAGAAUUAAAGGGGUAUCCCAGGCAAAAAAAAUGUAUUCCCUAUCCAAAGGAUAGGGGAUAAGAUGUCUGAUCGUGAGGGGCCCGCUUCUGAGACCCCCCGCGAUCUCCCUGCAGCACCCACAUUCUAUGCGGGUGCUGAAUCUCCAGUUUCGGAAACCACUGAGUUUCCAGGACUGGGUAGGUGACGUCACGCCAUGCCCCCUCCAUUCAUGUCUAUGGGAGGGGGCGUGACCAGUAUCCACUUCUGAUACUGAGACCCUCACCCAACUUAGCAAUUUUUCUUGGAAGUUGAGAAGCAGAAGUGACCUUUUCUCUUCACCCUUUCCAGUCCUUCUAACUACAAUAACCCGUCUCCUUACUUGG